UUGGUGUUGAUAUCAGGAAUCUUACUGCCACAGUCCAAAUAGAGUACUAAUUACUGCGAAUGAUGUCACCGUAGGCAGAGGAAUAAUCCCAUCAUUUAAUUAGUUGAAUGAUUUAAACAAAGAUUUGCAUAGAUGCACUAAUCAGUUGCCAUGAAUUACAGAGCAGCAGUUGCCAGCGAGGGGUAACAGAUCAUACAGUUGGAGGGAAAAAAAAAUCUCAUCUCCUUGAACAUAAUUAAUUUAAUUGUCCUCAUUAGCUGUACCAUUUGUUUUGAUUUUAUUUCUCCCUUUCCCCACACAUACUUCUCCCUCCCUCCCUCUUUUCUUCUUCUCAGUGCAUUGGCUGAGAGAGAGCGCGCAAGACACACACAUACUCUGGGGUGUUUUCAGAGUGGCUGUAGCAGAGAGGUGGGGUAGAGCAGCAGGGAGCUGUGCGGAUGGGUGAGGUGCAUGUGUGCUUGCUUGAACAGGCCAGCAAAGCCAAACUUAAGAAACCUGCCUAUGUACAGAACAAAUCAACUGAAGGGGGUCUUAUUAUUCUGCCGUCUGUGAAUUUCGUUAUUUUUCAGGUAUACAAAUGCUCUCAGUCCAGCCAGACACCAAGCCGAAAGGUUGUGCUGGCUGCAACCGAAAGAUCAAGGACCGCUAUCUUCUAAAGGCGUUGGACAAAUACUGGCAUGAAGACUGUCUGAAGUGUGCAUGCUGUGACUGUCGUUUGGGAGAGGUGGGCUCCACCCUGUACACUAAAGCUAAUCUUAUCCUUUGUCGCAGAGACUAUCUGAGGCUCUUCGGUGUAACGGGAAACUGUGCUGCCUGUAGUAAGCUCAUCCCUGCCUUUGAGAUGGUGAUGCGUGCCAAGGACAAUGUUUACCACCUGGACUGCUUUGCAUGUCAGCUUUGCAACCAGAGAUUUUGUGUUGGAGACAAAUUUUUCCUAAAGAAUAACAUGAUCCUUUGCCAGACAGACUACGAGGAAGGUUUAAUGAAAGAAGGCUAUGCACCCCAGGUUCGCUGAUCUAUCAACAUCACCCCAUUAAGAAUACAAGGCACUACAUUCUUUUAUCUUGUUUGCUCCACAUGUAUAUAAGAAUUGACACAGGAACCUACUGAAUAGCUUAGACAUAGGAAAGCAGGAUGGUGAUAUGGAAUAAAAGGCGGACUGCAUCUGUAUGUAGUGAAAUUGCCCCAGUUCAGAGUUGAAUGUUUAUUAUUAAAGAAAAAAGUAAUGUACAUAUUGCUGGAUUUUUUUGCUUGCUAUUCGUUUUUGUGUCACUUGGCAUGAGAUGUUUAUUUUGGACUAUUGUAUAUAAGGUAUUGUAAUAUUUGAAGCACAAAUGUAAUACAGUUUUAUUGUGUUACAAUUUGUGUUCUGUUUGCUUCUUUGUAUUGUUGCAUUUAGUACAAUCAGUGUUUAAACUUACUGUAUAUUUAUGCUUUCUGUAUCUACCAGCUAUUUUAAAUGAGCUGUAACUUUCUAGUAAAGAAUUGAAGAGCAAAUCUCACUAAUGAUGCGCACAUAGAUAAAGCAAGUCUAUCAGCGUUAAAAAUACUGAAAAAUAAAGACACACACACACAAAGCAUUUUCGCAACAUCUACAAUUUAUUGCCACUACAAUAUAAAGUCUAUCACUAUUCUCAUUAUACCCCCUAUUUUCAGGGGGUUAAAGAUCAGCUUUAAAAAAAAAUGCGUAAAAAUUCAUCUUAAAGCACUUUCAUUUUAUACCAACAUGAAAAGUGCCAUUUUUAGCAUAACUUUAAUGCUUAACAGUUAUCCUUUAAAUCUACUUUUUCUCGUGUGCUCUUUAACUAUACAAUGGCUUUGUUUUUGUUUUACAGCCAGUCACCCUUUAUGUGAACUAGUGCCUUUGGGUAUUUUGUGAAAUUUUUCCAAAGGGUUGCUUUAAAGAAGUGUUACUACAAUUUUGAAAUAACUGAAAAAUGAUAAAAGUUCUUAUACAACUUUUGCCCAGGUCUCUCCCCAGGGGCUAGGGGUUUAGUAACUUUAUGGCUUAAUAAAUUUAUGACACUAAAAAAGAUUUAAGUGUGAAUCUACUGAACCCAUGUUAAUGGACAUGGAAGCUAUGAUCAUAUUUGAGCAGUAAGAUUAUGUUUGGUCAGAGCAACAUAAUGUCCAUGGAAUCUUCUAGAAGAAGAGAAACAAUGGGACUGAAAAAAAGCUGAAAACUAGUGAUUAUAUAUUUUUCUGUAUUUUCCUGCCAUUCAUUGUAAUGUUCAAAAAGUGAACACUUUAAAAGUUUGACGUGUCUUACUCUCUCAUUGCUUUAAGUACGUAAUUACCCACUCAGAAUACAUCUCACUUAGGCUGAAAUCUGUCAUUUUAUUUUUUAAAGGUGAACUAUUAUUCCCUUACCUACAUGAUAGCUGAUAAAGAAGAAAGCUUUCUAGAAUCAGAAAUUAUGGAGAAAGAUUAUUUAAAUUACAAUUAAGAAAAUAAAAAUGAAAAUAUAAUUUCUCUUCUUGGUUGCUCACGCUUUGCUCCUUUGCUUCUGCUUCCUGAAAUCAGUUACUUUUCAACAAAUCUAACUCCACACAGGCACAGUGAAGCAUGUUUUCAAGUGCUGUGGGUUUUGUUUUUUUCUUCUUGGUCACUUGUAUAGGAAACAGUAUUUCCCAGUGUUAUUUGCAUACAUAUUUUGUCCUGCCAAUAUAUACAUUACAGAUAAAGAUUAAUUGUUAUACCUGAAUUCUUGGUUUGGGGCCAAAAUAUUAAGUGGAAAAUAAUGCUGGUGUAGAUUUGAGUUGUUUUAAAACAAAUCUUUAUCAUGAACAUGCAUGUGAAUCUGGAUAUUGCCUCUCAUUCUUCAGAACAUGAGUCUGUGAAAAGUGAAUGAUGAUAUGUAUUUUUACAAAUGCUUCAUUGUUAAGAGUGUUCAAGUCACAUGUCCCACAAAUUUGAAGGAUACUGAAGAAAUAAUUUCAAAAACAACUAUUGUUUUAGCCUUAGACUCUUAUAUUUGUUUCAUGAAAAGAUUUGCAUAGCAAAACAAAACAAAACAAAAAAAGGAGGGGAUAAGGAAGAAGUGGCUUCCAUAAUGCUGCUGCCCUACUAAUCCCCAUUGAGAGUUGUUCGAAAUUCUUGUGGAUGUAAAGUUUUAACCAUCAGUAUCUUUUUCAAAUGAGUUUUUAGACUUAAACUGUUUUGCAUAUGUUUAUCAAUAUGUCAAAAUACUUGUGAAUUUGGAACACAAUUCUUUCGGCUUCUUGAGGCUGUUGAACUAUCCUUGCCACCCAAAGGGUAAACAAGGUUUUUGCCGCUUUUCCUUUUUCUGAAUCCUUUAGAAAUUAAUUCUUAUGCUUUUUAUACAAACAAAAUUACUCACCUGGAUUAAAGAUUAAAGCCUUAAUCUUCUUAGAUUAUCUUUAAUCUCCAUGAAAGUGUGCAAAAAGACAGAAAUCAUUUUUCAGCUGUAGGCCAUUUUACAGCCAAUUGCCCAUAAAUAGUAGCAUUUCUGACCUGAAGUACUAAGCUAAUUGUCUUGACUACUCAAAGUCCCUGAAUUGUUGUCAACUUUUCUCUUUGUGUUGUGUAGCCCUGAAGUCAUUUAGCUUGUUAUCUGAUGCCUCCAGUAGGACACCUCCAAUGGAGCUUUGAUUUCUUGAGAAUCGAAAGCUCCAUUCCUAACAUACAUCACAUAUAGACUGCCUAUGAUGAUGGACCUGGAUCCUGCACUCCACCAGGGUGCUGGCUGAGUUUAAAAGCUGACCUGUGUUUGUAAUUUCACUUUCAUCCUGCUUAAUAAAUAUCUGCUGGAUUCUUUCAUUCAUUUUUUAUAUUUGGAUUUAUGUUGUUAAUAAAAGGGGUAUUACACU